GAUCCCUCCCAAGUUACGCCAAACUUGCAUGUCCAUGUACACACCACGGAACAAGGGCCUAGACACCUCCACGAACGGUUUGUGUUUCAUACGAGGCUAAUUGGUGGCUGCAGCAAAUAAUUGCCCAACAUGCCUUUCUCCAAGGCUAGGGCUUGUUCUUCCCGGCCUCCUUGACACACUAACUCGAGGCUCACUGACGGCCAGAGUAUUUAGUCUGGGCAAUAUCUUUGCACUGAACCAUACUCAGUUGCAUAUUCUCUACCUCGACCGUUAGCCUUUGCCUGCAAAUUCAUUCUCACAUAAUUCACUACUCAUCCCUACUACACUUUAAACAUGCCGGGCUGUGCAUGGAAAGAGACCCGCCCAGGGCGCUGGGAGCGUCCCCAAAGUUACCUCGAGAAGAUGAACAUACUCACCCGCAAUGUUCCUAAUGCUAUUGGCCGCGACAAUUGGGCCAAAAACGCCGUUGCCAAACUCAAGUUCCACCCCGAUAUCAAGGAUCCCGCUGCCUAUCUCCAAACCGCAUGGAAACAGGUCCGCUACAACCAUCCCGAGAUUGCCGCUUUCCCAUACAACGGCAACUAUGUUUACCGUGUCGGCGACGCUGAGUCCAUCGCCUUGUGGGUGUCGGCCACUUUCUCUGUUGCCGAAGGUAAAACAGUGGAUGAACUGUUGGGGCGUAUCCCAAGGAACGAACAGAUGAUGUGCUACUUCCUUCCCGAUACAUCCGAAGUCAUGAUCUGGUCGCCACACUACCGCGUCGACGCCCGGGGAGCAAUCUUCUGUCUUAAUCAUCUUGUUGAAUCACUCGCCAACAUGAACCCAGACUUGGUGUUUGGCGGAUGUGCCAAGAACUUGACUCCCAGCAUGGAGGACACUCUUCACAUCAAUCACGAGGUAACACCCGCCAUUGAAGCUCAGGCAGAGAGCCGGCUCGCUUCCCUUGAGCCACACAAGCCAGCCCUGGAGCUAAAGCCAAAGCUCAAAGCUCAGAGGCCGGGAUACACACAAAGGCACUUUAUCAAGCUCUCCAAGAGCGACACAAAACUUGUCAUGGAUUGCUGUGACAAUGCAGCGCUCGCCUUGGAUGUGGUACUGCAUGCAGCUCUCGUGAACGCCGUGGUAAAACUGGCACCGACUGACGAAGCGCGGAGCUUCAUGGCUUCAUUCCAUUACAAUCUCCGUGUCCUGAUCCCCGAGGGUGAAGCUCCAGAGAACUCGCCAACAAGCUAUACGAGCGUGCUUACAACCGAGGUGGUUGUCUCGCCAUGGACCGACUUCGACUCGUAUUACGCUCAACUCGCACCAGUCUAUGCCACUGGCUACGCACCAUACCUGGGCUCAUCUCCUUACUUCCACAAGCUUCUUGAACAGAGGUUGACCGAUUCGAAUCUCGGAAGCAACGGAGAGACGGACGGGCAGUUGCAGCCAAGGUUUGCUUUCUUGGGAACCAUUGACGAAAAGCUAUCCAACAACAUUGGCGACGGCCUUGUCCAGGUAGAGGACUUUUGGCUCGGUGCCGAGACUUUAACCCUACGAAUGAUGGUCCACACCUGGAUAUGGCAAGGCCAACUUGUGCUUAGUAAUACGCACAUCUGGUCGCAGUUGGUCGCAAUGGAUGCCGUACCCAUCUCAAAGAAGCUGAUAGCCUUUGGCAGCAAGAAGAUCUACCUUCCCAAAUUCACAGUUGCGCUUGUACGGACACCCAAGCUAUCGCCCUACCACGCUCGCUUCCUUGUCCCGCUCGACUUUUCAAAAUACGAUCUCCGCGACUACCUCUACCAUGCGUACAACGUCAAAUGCUUCAAUAUCCGCUCGUACGUAAAGCAAAUGCCCGUACGGGAUACGCGCGAACAGCCACGGCACUGGUUCCGCCCAGAAUCUCAAAAGUACAUGACUGUGGAGAUGGAGCAGCCUUUUGUGUGGCCCGAGAUUCCCGACCUGGAGCCAUGGGGACAACGAGAGAAGCAGAGUGAAAUUGAAGAGGCAUCAAGGACAAAUGGAGCUAUAGACAACAAUGACAAGCGCGAAGCGGCCCGGAAACUGCGGGAGCAGGCAAAGAAGUUACUAUACAAGGAUGUGGGUCACCAUGGUGAAAGAUCACAAUUAUCAGAGGAGGUGGAUGCACAGGAUCCAGAGGCUCAGAUGGAGCGGGAGCGGGAAGAGAGGAUGCUGAAGCGCAUGUCAAGAAUAAAACUGUGGGAGAAGGAGAGGACGGGUAAGGCGGUGGAAAGCGACAACCGCAAGCACUACGCCAUCAAGGCAUGAGUCGAUUGAGCGCUAUGUAUGUAUGCUUGUAUUAUAUGCAUCGGGCCGGAGCAGAGGACCAUGAAUGUUGGAAUACAAACUCGGGCCAUUACUACUGGACUGUGCGUUGCAAUCUGUAUUACAC